UGAUGUUUUGACUGUUAAAUUAAUAGUCUUAGCAUGUUAAAUUUAUACAAGUUAUUUUGAUUGUAUUAGACUAUUAUGUAAAACCCAAAUUAUUUAGAUACAGCUAAGUUCUUGAAAUUUGGAUGAAGAAGCAAAAUUAGAAAUUGAGAUUUGUUUUGUGAGGUCUAUGAGAACCCUACCCCAUUAGUGCACCAAAGGCGUAUGAGAAAAUGCAAGUAAGAAGAAAAGGGCAGUAACAACAAAAAACUGAUCCAAUUCGAACUCCUUUAAUCCAACAAAUGUGCGGGAAUGCGAUUGUGUUUUUAGGUAGGCUGAAGGACAUCCAAAUCAUAUUAUCACUAUGCAGCAAGCUUGGCUCCCUGAUCUAUGUCCGAGCUUUUGACUCCAGAUAUUAAAUGCGUAAUCUCAGUAUUCAAUGGGGUUGUUGGAAUUUUCAAGAUGGUGGUGCUUCCAGUCCUAGGCCAGCUUUCCGAUGAGUUUGGGCGUAAACCACUGCUUCUUAUUACAAUAUCCACUACUAUAAUUCCUUUUGGUUUACUUGCGAUCAGCGAGUCAAAGGAAUUUGUGUAUGCUUAUUACGUGAUCCGUACAUUUUCAAAUAUUAUUAGUCAAGGGAGCAUUUUAUGCAUUGCUGCUGCAUAUGCCGCAGAUGUUAUUGAUGACAGUAGGAGGGCUGCAGUUUUCAGUUGGAUUACAGGUCUCUUUUCUGCUGCGCACGUCUUGGGAAAUGUCCUAGCGCGCUUCCUUCCUGAAGAUUACAUUUUCGAGGUUUCGAUAGCUCUCUUGAUCUUUUGUCCGGUCUACAUUCAACUGUUUCUGCCCGAGACAGUUCAUCUGACUCCCAAACAGGACAAAAGUGCAUUUUGCUUGCACAAGGCAUUCAAAGUUGUUCAGGAACGAUAUAACUCAAUGAAAUUUGCCGCAAUUAUUUUCAUCAACAGUCCAACGCUGAAGGGCAUUUCUCUUGUUACCUUCUUCUAUGAGAUGGGAAUGACGGGCAUCAGCAGUGUCUUACUGUACUAUCUGAAAUCGGCUUUUGGUUUCAACAAAAAUCAAUUUUCAGAAAUUUUGAUGAUGGUGGGAAUAGGAUCAAUUGUGUCUCAGAUGUUGGUGCUUCCUCUACUCAAUCCAUUGGUCGGAGAGAAAGUGAUACUUUGCUCAUCCUUACUUGCAUCAAUAGCUUAUGCAUUGCUUUAUGGCUUGGCAUGGGCUUCUUGGGUACCAUACUUGAGUGCUUCAUUUGGAGUCAUCUAUUGCCUUGUUAAACCUGCUACUUACGCUAUUGUAUCAAAAGCUUCAAGCUCGAACGAUCAGGGGAAAGCACAAGGGUUUAUUGCUGGUGUGGAAUCAAUAUCAAGUUUGUUAUCACCACUUGCAAUUAGUCCAUUGACAUCAUUGUUCCUGUCCAGCAAUGCGCCUUUCAACUGCAAAGGUUUCAGUAUUAUCUGUGCAUCGUCAUGCAUGGUGAUUGCCCUUGGUUGUGCUUGGAUGCUAAAACCAGAAGCACCACCAAAGAAUGAUUUGGAGGCUAAUGUAGAUAACAUCGAAUCGCCACUUCUGUCAUAGAAGGUGGCAGUAUUAUCCUGGAUACUCCUCUUAGGCUGGCAAUGUAUGCAAAUUUUGAUGCUUUGUUGUCGCUAAUAUAGAAUGUAAAUAUCUAUGAAGUCUGCCAUUUUCUGCUAGUUACACUCUCUCAUAGACAAUAUAGAGCAUUGAAUUGUUUCUCCUGCAACAGGAGAGUGUAUUAUAAUUAUUAUUCAUGCUCAACAUAAGAGUGGUGUGUUAAAUGAUCUAAAGGUAAGUGAUGUCACCAAAAUAAGUGAAGCAAAUUCUAAUUUAUUGUUACCA